GGUGGAAGAGGAGGCGGUAGUAGUAGUUGUGGAAGUGGAGGUGUUGGGGAUGGCGGCGGCAGCGGCAGUAAUGGUGGUGGUGGGUGGUAGCGAUAGAGGUGAUGGUGGCAACGAUAGUGAUGAUGGUAGUGGUAGUGGUGCUGUGGUGGAGGCUGAUCAAGUGAUAGAUGAAGUAAAUUCAUGUGUCAAAAAUGAAACCAAGGGACUCAUCAAGAAUUUCCUUCCUCCUGGAUGUUUAUAUGGUGACACUGCACUCCUCUUUGCAAAUGCAUUAUACUGCAAAGGACAAUGGGAUCAAAAAUUCGAUAAAACACGUACAAGAAACAUGAAUUUUCAUCUUCUCGAUGGAGAGAUUGCUCAAGUUCCUUUCAUGACAAGCAAAAGCAGUCGUCAUCUUUACGGAUUAUUCGGUGGAUAUAAAAUCCUCAGUAUUCCAUAUCAAGGUAGUAACUUCUCUAUGUACUUUUUUCUUCCAAAUGAAACCGAUGGCUUGCCAAAACUAGUCAAGAAGCUCAAGUAUCCAACCUUGGAUUCAUGA